AAUGUCAAUUUGCUCUAAACAACUCUACCUUCUAUAUCUACAUACCUUGCUCUGGUCUUGUUAGCACCACCCACCUUGCGCAGUACCAACUUCCCAACACUUUCCGCAGAUUUUGAUAACAGCGACCCCGAGUGCCAAGCACAUCAAAGAGCAGCAAAAUGGCCGCAUGGAGAGCAGCUGGAUUGAACUACAUCAACUAUUCCAACAUUGCCGCCCGUCUGCUGCGAAAGGCACUGAAGCCGGAGCUGAGGGCUCAGGCCGCUCGGCGCGAUGAUUCGCACAUCAAGUUCACCAAAUGGCAGGGCGGCAAACCGGAGAACGAAAAGUGAUAUGGUUAAAUCAUUUUUUCUCUUUGUUGAGCAGUCAGGUUAUCACUGAGUAAACGGGAGGAAUGAUCGGCAUGUUAGAUGCGGAAAGAACACCUUUAUUGCUGCUAGUGAACGAAAUAAAUCAUGUGAAUACAUCAGGUUGCUGAUCAAAAUCAA